GGUGGAGGUUCCUUCCGGUCAGACAGCUUGGUGGAUCUGUCAGGGCCCCCCUGAAGGCACGUGAUCCAGCAGGUUGUUGGAUCUAUCCAGUUUUUUGUAGCGAUGGUCAAGCUCGUGGUAAGCCAGCCCCGACGCCGCAGACGCCGUUCGAGCGCAGCAGCCACACGUCCACUAUGGCUUCUGGUCGCUGAGCUGUGCUGUGCUGUGGUGUGCUGUUGUGUGCAGGUGCCUUCCGACAUCACCGUAGCCGAGGAGAAGACGUCCCUUGGUGUGCGCAAGCUGACGAGGAUGGAGCAUCUGGGUCUGCUGCUGUACCCGCCGACGCUGCACUUCAACUACACCAAGCCCGACAAGAGCGACAUGUACAAGGUCCUCACCAAGCGGUUCUCACAAGACAAAGUCAGACCCUACAUCGCAGAGAUAUGCGCCACCAGACAGGAAUCCAUCUCAAAACAGGUCAGUCAGGCGACAGAGGGAGGGAGGGAGGGAGGGAAGGAAGGAAUCACACGCUGGCUGCAGUGGUCUGGCCGACUCGCUUUGCAUUCGUGUGUCAGGUCCAGUGCAUGGUGUAUCUGUGGCUGGGCACGGCUGUGACGACGGUUGGCACGUGGUACUCGCUGCGACACUACGACUGGAAGGCCAAGCUCAUCACGCUGCCCUUCAUGGCAUACGGCGGCUCCUGGCUCGGCAGAUGGACCGGAGACCUCAUAACCUGCAGGUACGUACGUCACGCCAUGCCACCAAUACCCAAUGAGUACACAGGGAGGGGAGGGGUCCCUGCAUGUCGCAAUGCUCGUGUGUGGGGGUUGUCAGAUGGUGGGAGUAUGGUCGUGACCGCUGGCUGGCGUCCCUCCCGGGUAAGACCGUCUACUCACCUGCACAGUGAGGCUGGG